UGGAAUAACUGGGUUCUGAGGAUUAUCCUAGCUGAGAAUCUGUGAGUAAGACUUGUAAGAAAACAAUACUAAAUAAUAAUCUGAUAUCCUGGUAGUAAGGAAAGGUUUGAGGGUAAAUAUAUGUCAAUAUUUUUUUCUAAUCUAAAUUAGUUUGUAGAGCAAUUAUUGAUAGAGUUAAUCUUUUGGCCCCCAACCUUACUUACACUGCAUUAACUGCUAACAGAACAGAAUUUGUUUUCAUAAGAAUGUAAUUAAUGUGAUAUCUCCUCUCUCUCUCUCCCUCUCCCUAUUUCAAUCUCUUUCCUUUUCUGUUUUGUAACUAGAACACAUGUAGAAUGUAUGCAACUAUUAUGAUGCAAAUAUUGUGUGCUGUGGUGUCCAUGUCCUACAUGUGGACCAGAGCUCACCUGUGUCAGUGGUGCUGCACAAGCACUUCUCACUGCCCCUGUCAGACUCAAAGUAAAAACACAGAGCUAGCACAGGGAGGCAAACAGCUGAGGUCUUGGAAACAGUCAGUCAGCUUGGUACACAGUGGUACCCAUGUGUAUUGCUACAGUUCUGUGCUCUCUUUUAAAAAAUAUGGAAAAUGGACAAAAGGCUCUUGUUACCAUACACACAUUCUUUCAAAUACAGUCUGAUUAUACCUCUCUCAACCUACUGAAUUCUGAGUUUGAAACACAGUUUAAAGUUAUUCAAUACUGAGAUUGCAGAUAUAGAUAAGAUGGGAAUAAUUUCUCUUAUACUAUAACUCUGGGUCAAACAUCUAUGUUGUGACUUCACUUAGUAGAUAUAGCAGGGCUUCAUCAGUCAGUUUUUUCUCUCAAUACUGGCCUCACAACUCAAUAUUUAGUAUUCAUACUUUAUAAAAAUCAACAUGAUAUGCCUUGAGACUGCUUGUGAAAUCAUAAGUCAGUGGGGAUACGUGGUUGAGCAGGCUCUUGCCUGUAGAAUGCAGGAUUUUGUUUCCUACAGCUCUUGUUCUGUCUUAAAAUUUGAAUGUGCAGAAAUACUAAUUCUCUUGUCUUGCUUUACUGCUGCAUGCCAUCUUUGCGAUUCCCAUUACUGACUCUGCUGAUUACUGUCAUUGAGAGAUAAUGAAACUAUCUUGAGAACUGAAUGAUCAAGAGUCAGCCUCAGGAGUACAGUUUCAUUCCUCGAACAUGGAUCUUUCCUGCAGAAUACACACAGUUUCAGAACUAUGUGAAAGAAUUGAAGAAGAAACGUAGACAGAAAACUUUCAUAGUCAAACCAGCUAAUGGUGCAAUGGGACAUGGGAUCUCUUUAAUAAGAAACGGAGAAAAGUUACAAGCUCAGGAUCACUUAAUUGUUCAGGAAUAUCUUGACAAACCAUUUCUCAUGGAAGGCUACAAGUUUGAUUUACGUGUGUAUAUUCUUGUAACCUCCUGUGAUCCAUUAAAAGUAUUUUUAUAUCAUGAUGGACUGGUGAGAAUGGGCACGGAAAAGUAUCACCCCCCCAGUGACUCAAAUUUGAGUCAAUUGUAUAUGCAUCUGACUAACUACUCUGUCAAUAAACAUAAUGAACGCUUUGAACGGGAUGAAACAGAAGACAAGGGAAGCAAACGCUCCAUAAAAUGGUUUACUGAGUUUCUAGAAACAAAUAAUCUUGAUGUCUCCAAAUUCUGGAGUGAUAUUUCAGAGCUGGUGGUGAAGACUCUGAUAGUUGCAGAGCCACAUGUUCUUCAUGCUUACCGCAUGUGCAGGCCGGGGCAAGCACCAGGAAGUGACAGUGUCUGCUUUGAAGUCCUGGGAUUUGAUAUUCUGCUGGACAGAAAACUAAAACCAUGGCUCCUAGAGAUUAAUCGUGCCCCAAGCUUUGGAACGGAUCAAAAAAUAGACUAUGAUGUAAAAAAAGGUGUUCUGCUAAAUGCAUUAAAGCUUCUCAACAUACGGACAAGUGAUAAAAGGAAAAAUUUAGCCCAACAGAAGGCUGAGGCUCAAAAAAGACUGUAUGGCCAAGGAACAGUGAAAAAACUGUUGCCAGGUUCCUCAGACUGGGAGAAGCAGCGCCACACACUGGAAAGGAGAAAACAAGAACUGAAGGAAAGACUUGCACAAGUACGUAAACAGAUUUCCAAAGAGGAGCAUGAAAAUAGACACAUGGGGAACUACAGGCGAAUUUACCCUCCUGAUGAUAAGACAUUACUUGAAAAGUAUGAGAGUUUGUUAGCCACUGCUUUCCAGACCUUUCUUGCUGGAAGAGCUGCUUCACUUCAGUGGGAAAUGAAUAACCCUUUAAAAAGAAUGAAGGAGGAGGACAUUUUGGAUCUUCUGGAGCAGUGUGAAAUAGAUGAUGAAAAGCUAAUGGGAAAAUGCACCAGGCAGCGAGGACCUAAGCCCUUGUGUUCAAUGCCAGAAAGUGCACCUUCCUUAAGGAAACCUAAGAACCACAGCAGUGACAGUAGCUGUGAUAGCGGGAGCAGUGUGUCAGAUUCGGGAGAAGAAACUGAAAAGGAAGAUCACAAUGAAAAAAAAGAGAAAAAAGUGUCAUAUGAUCUUGAAGAAAAUAAAUACAAAUCUUUGGAACGAUCAGGUAGAAUGAACUGCAAACCUUCAAAUAAAAAUGUAAAGUCUCCAUCAUAUUCGUCCCCCACAUCAUCCACAGGUCCAAUAAGGCGUUCUGUGAGCUGCCCUCGUUCCAUAUCAAUACUCACUAUGCAGUCCCAGGGAGCUGAGCAGCGCCCUGUUUCAGCCAAAGCAUCUCUCCAAAUGCAGCGAACAUCCUCAGUGAACAGGUCUCACUCUUUAAGUCGUAGCCCAUCUUCAGCCAGAGUCUCUCAGACACCCACCUUGGGAACUAUGAACUCUUCAGGGUCAGCUAAUAGAAUUGGAAAGACAUUAAGAUUGUGUCUUCACAACAACGUGUUAAAGAGUGAGUCUUUGCUGCAACAGAAAACAAAAGAGCAAGAAAUUGCUUUGACAAAAGAGACUCUUCUCCUUAUCAAUGACUUGAGAAUCAAGUUCCCAGGAAAAACAAAUGAAGAAUCUGAAUUAAUUAUAGAAGAUAUUAUGGAUAAUUGGAAGUAUCAUAAAACAAAAGUGUCAUCCUAUUGGUUGGUAAAGCUGGAUUCAGCAAAGCAACGAAAAGUUUUGGAUAUAGUUAGGACAAGUGUCCGUGCAGUUCUACAGCAUGUCUGGAAAGCCCCAGACAUUGAAAAUUUACAUCUCUACCGUCUUUUUAACCGUGUAUUUAAUCGCUUACUUUGGAGCCAUGGUCAAGGCCUAUGGAACUGUUUCUGUAAUUCAGGGAGCUCUUGGGAAACCAUAUUCAGUAAAGGCUCAGAGGUGGUGACUCCUGAGCAACUCCAGUGUUGCCAACGAAUAGUACAGCUUUGUAAACACUGCCUGCUGGUAGUUUACAAACAUUCAUCAGAUUCAAGAGGAUCCCCGACUGGGAUGAGCCACCACUGGGAUGAUACAAGGUAUUUAUUGCCAAGACCUUCACUGUUCAUCCUGAAAUCAUCCUCAUCCAAACUUAGCUGCAGUUCAUCCGGAAUGCCUCGCCCUAACAUUUUGUUCACACACAGAUACAGUCACUUGUGAAGUAAAAGGAAAAUUGCUUUUGUAAAUAAUAGCACUCAAUUUCUUUUUUUUUAAUUUGUGGUGGAGCUAAACAUAAGCACUGUUAAAUAUUUCCUACCAUCAUAUUAUAAUAAAAUUUAGCUGAAAACCUACUGUAAAAGCAUAGCUUUUCUGGGAACAUAAUGAACCUUGUUAAGUUGUUUACACACACACGUGAAUGUGUAGAUCUUACUAGGUUUAUAAGUAAUUCCUUCCUACUAGAAAUGUUAUUUUUGCUGCAGAAUAUAUAAAAUGGAAUUGUUCUUGGAGAUUCUAUUACAGUAUUACAUUAUUUUGUAAGUACAAUACUUUGACUUUAAAAUUAUUUAUUGUAAACUAUAUUAUUUAUUGUCUCAAAUGUAAUUUAUCCUUUAACAAAGCAGAUAAUUAAAAAAAUCUAGUAGAACAGUAAAACUGUAACAGUUAUCAAAAAUAGUCUGAUCAGUUCUUGAACCUGUUUAAAAUAAACCCCAAAACUCUGUAAGCCAAACCUAAAGCAAACAUAUUUUAAUUUCUCCUCUGAAAUGACAAGAUCUAUUUAAUGCUGCUAUUUUUCUUAAAGGACAUGAUGUAUCUUUUAGCCAAAGUGAAGGCAUCUAGUAUGCAAACAGUAAAAUAUCAGUUUAGGCAUUCACUUCCUAAUUGGAUUCUCAUAAUAAAAUGGAAGCCAAUGUUUGUUUCCAGGUUUUCAUUCACAUUACCUAUAUCCUGUGCCUUUAGGUUUCCUUUGGGAGCAAGCACUCAUCCUCAGCUUGCACUCGCAUGCAUAGUUUUUCUGUUACACUGCAUAAGUGGUAAAGCAGACAUUUUUAGGAAAUACUGCAGUUGUAAUGUAUUAUUUCAAACUUAAACUAAUUGGUUUGUUGUAGUUUUUAGCAUGCAAUCCAGUACCUACUGUAGAAUGUAUCUUUGCAGCAGACAGUAUUUUCUAGAUUGCUGACACCUUUAAAUGUUGGAAAUGUAAUUCAUUAGAAAGCUCUCAUUCAGAUCUAGAUUCCUGGGGCUGGCUGAACAGCACAAAACCAAAAUGAGCCAGAGCAGGAAUCUAGUAUUAACAGGAUUUGUAGCCUGAAAACAUCAUUCAGGUUUUGCUACAUACAGCCAUUCAUCCCACCCAGCAUUGUGCCAUGUGAGCCUUAUUCGUUAUAGAAAUAAUUAUUAAACAAAUCAGUUAAUCUAGAUUUAAAAAUUAAUUAUGUUUUUUAACUGAGUAAAGAACAGAGUAGUUAUUAUUUACCAAAGACUUGUGUACUUAUCAAUCAUUUAACCCUGAAAUGUGUUUGUAAAUUAUCAAUGCAUUUCAGGUAUAUUUUAAAAAUAAUUUGGGGGCUAAUUAUCCUCAGGAGCAAGUAUGUUAGUGUUUUUUGAUAUCCAGCAAUUUAAGACAAAUUUAAGAGGCUUAAGAGAUUUGAGAUUGAAGUCGUAUGGAAAUGAUUUUUUUAAAAGUUUUAGUCAUAGGAUAUAUAAAAACUAGGAAUUCGGUUGAGAUUUUUGAUGCCUGUGCUGUAGUGCCUCAGCUCUAGAACUGCAGAAUAUAUAACAAGAAUGUUUGUAAACAAUUGAAAAACUCUCUUGAGAACUGCCAGAUCAAAGCAGUCUUUUGGUCUGGUGAAGUAUUUUUAAUUUUUGUGGUAAUACUAGUUCAGUAAUAUAGUAUGUUCACAUUAAUUGUAUAUCUCUUUUGGUCCAUACAGUGACUAUUAAAGCAUACUCUGGUUAUCUGUAACACCUAAUAAAAGCUGUAAAUUUUCUCUUCUUGAA